UUCACGCUCCUUCCUGGCGGCGAGGUGCCCGGGAGGGGAGCUGGGUGCCGGCGCUGACCUCGGAGGCUGGGAGCCGGGGGACAGGAUGGCCCCGCGGAGAGCUGUGCGGCUGUCCCUCAAGACGCCCACCCACGCUGUGUGCGUGGCAGGAGUCGAGACACUCGUGGACGUUCGCAGUGAUGUGCCCAAGGGAGCCAAGACCUUUGGGGUCUCUGGGAGCUCCAGAGUGGAAAUCUUCAUGGUCUACGAUCCCUCACGAGUGACUGAGCCCACCGGCAAGGCCCGCUGGCCCCUGGACGCCGACGUGGACGUGGUCGUAUCUGUGGACACAGUCAGUAAGGACUUAAAUGACCUCAAGGUGAAGGUCUCCUACUUCGGGGAGCAGGAGGGCCGCGCCCUGGGCCACAGCGAGCUCUACCUCACUGGGGUCGAUGUUUCCCUGGAUGUGGACACAGGCCGCACAGGCAGGGUGAAGAGGAACCACGGGGACAAGAAAACCUGGCGCUGGGGCCCUGAGGGCUACGGGGCUGUCUUGCUCGUGAACUGUGACCGGGACCACCGGAGGUCCACGGGGCCCGACCUCGCCAACAGCCAGCUGAUGGCGCUGGACGACCUGCAGGACAUGUCCCUGAUGCUGCUGAGCUGCAAUGGCCCUGACGCGCUCUUUGACGGCCACAAGCUGGUCUUGAACCUGCCCUCGUCCGAUUCCAGAAGAGUCGCGGUCUUCUGCGCUCGCGGUGGGAGUUCCCUCUCGGACUACAAGCAGGUGCUGGGGCCCUGGCACCCCUCCUAUGAGGUCGAGCGGCAGCCUGGGGAGCAGGAGAUCUGGUUCCACGUGGAGGGCCUCGCCUUCCCUGAUGCCGACUUCCUGGGGCUGGUUUCCCUCAGUGUCAGCCUGGUGGACAGAAGGGCCCUGCCCGAGGUGACCCUCUUCACGGACACUGUGACCUUCCGCGUGGCCCCCUGGAUCAUGACGCCCAACACGCAGCCCCCCGAGGAGCUGUAUGUGUGCAGUGUGGUGGACGCUCACGGCUCCAACGAUAAAUUUAUAGAGGACAUGUCUUACCUGGCUUUGAAGGCCAAGUGCAAGCUGGUCAUCUGCCCUCGGGUCGAGAAUCGAAAUGACCGCUGGAUCCAGGACGAGAUGGAGUUUGGCUACAUCGAGGCCCCUCACAAAUCCUUCCCCGUGGUCUUCGACUCCCCCCGAAACAGAGGCCUGAGGGAUUUCCCCUAUAAGAAGCUCCUGGGUCCCGACUUUGGAUACGUGACCCGGGAGAUCCUGUCCGCCGGCCCGUCCAACCUCGACUCCUUCGGCAACCUGGACGUCAGCCCGCCCGUCUCGGUGGGCGGCAUGGAGUACCCCCUGGGCCGGAUUCUCGUCGGAAGCAGCUUCCCCAAGUCCGGCGGGCGGCGGAUGACCAAGGUGGUGCGCGACUUCCUGCAGGCCCAGCAGGUGCAAGCGCCCGUGGAGCUGUACUCGGACUGGCUCUCUGUGGGCCACGUGGACGAGUUCCUGAGCUUCGUGCCCACCUCCGACCGAAAGGGCUUCCGGCUGCUCCUGGCCAGCCCCAGCGCUUGCCUCAAGCUCUUCCAGGAGAAGAGAGAGCAGGGCUACGGGGAGGCGGCCCAGUUUGACGGGUUGAAAUACAAGAAGAACAUAAGCAUUAAUGAGAUACUGGAAGACAGACAUCUCCGGAGCGACAGUCUCCAUGUGCAGAAAUGCAUCGACUGGAAUCGCGAUGUGCUGAAGCGGGAGCUGGGCCUGGCGGAGAGCGACAUCGUGGACGUCCCCCAGCUCUUCUCCAUGACGGGCUCCUAUGCCACGGCCUUCUUCCCGGACAUGGUGGGGGCUGGCGGUGUCCUGGCCCUCAUUAACCCGGCAGCUGACAAGCAGGUGAGCAGCGGUGACCUCACCUGGGAGGGGCCGAGUGAUGCUAUCGGCGCAGGCCUGGCCAAAGUGCCCACGAGCCCCGUGGGAAAGGAUGCUGG